AUGCCCACCGAAGGAGUCAAGAUCCUGCCGUCGGGAAGGAAGAGCUUCAUCCCGCUCGAAAACAACCCCGAGGUGUUCACAUCGCUCGUGCACGACCUCGGCGUCUCGGAGGAGCUGGGCUUCUUCGACGUCUACAACCUCGACGAGCCGGAGCUCCUGGCGCUGAUUCCCCGACCCGCGCUCGCCCUCAUCUUCAUCACGCCCCCGGACAUGUACUAUGCCGUGCGCAAGGAAGACGCCAUCGAGCAGGCCUCUGACAAGCUGACCUACGACAAGAGCGGCGCCGACGAGCCCGUCAUGUGGUUCCAGCAGACCAUCGCCAACGCCUGCGGCCUCAUCGCGCUGCUCCACUCCGUCUCCAACGGCGAGGUCAAGAAGUUCGUCAAGAGCGGCUCGCUGCUGGACCGCAUCGUGCAGCAGGCAGUGCCGCUGAAGCCGGAGGCGCGUGCGGCGGCGCUGUACGACAACGAGGAGCUCGAGCGGGCGCACAUGCGGGCCGCGAGGUUGGGCAGCUCGGUGCCGCCCCCGGCCGAGGAGCAUGCUUCGCUGCACUUUCUCGCGUUCGUCAAGGGCAAGGAUAAUCACCUGUGGGAGCUUGAGGGCGCGGUAGAUGGACCGAUCGAUCGCGGCGAGCUGGGCGAGGGGGAGGACUUGCUGAGCGAGCGGGCGCUGGACCUGGGUGUUAGGAGGUUCUUGAAGCACGCGAACGGCAACCUCCAGUUUAGCAUCGUUGCGCUGGCAAAGGAAUAA